UUUCAAACUAGGUGAUAGGUGAAUGAAAAAAAGAAAGACGGAAAACAGAAUUCUCAGGAAGGAGAGCUAGAAGCAGAGGAGAUGAAGUUGGUUUGGAGUCCCGAAACAGCUUCCAAAGCUUACAUCGACACUGUUAAAUCAUGCGAAGUCUUCCAAGAAUCCAGUGUCGCCGAGCUCGUGUCGGCCAUGGCCGGUGGGUGGAACCCGCGGCUAAUCGUCGAAGCGUGGCAUCGGGAAGGAAUCGUGGCGACCAGUGUCGGUCUCGCCGUUGCCAGCCGUCACACAAGCGGGAGACACGUCUGCAUCGUGCCAGACGAACGGUCAAGAUCCGAAUACGUGGAUGCCAUGCGUGAGGCAGGCAUGUCGCCGGAAGUAAUCGUGGGGGAGGCGGAAGAAGUGAUGGAAGCACUCCCUGGCAUCGAUUUCCUGGUGGUGGAUUGCCGGCGGAAGGACUUCGCCAGGGUUCUGAAGCAUGCUAAAUUGAGCACCCGGGGUGCAGUCUUGAUUUGCAAGAACGCUGGUUCAGAAACUAAUUCAGGUUUCAGGUGGCGCAGUGUUCUGGGCGUUGGGUCUCGGGUGGUCCGGUCGGCGUUUCUUCCGGUGGGCAAGGGUGUGGAGAUAGCCCAUGUAGGAGCUAGUGGUGCAGGCCUCAGUGCACCGAAGGGUAAGAGCCGUUGGAUCAGGCAUGUCGAUCAGGAAUCAGGCGAAGAGUAUUUGUUCCGGAGAUGAAGUUAUGCCUCUAAUAUUUUUCUUUUGCCUGUUUCUAUUGUAUAUAUUUAGAACGAAGGAAAGUCUUCAGAUUCUAUUUGUUCUUUCUUGAGUUCUUCGCUUCUCUGUAAUUUCUUCUGAAGGUAGAGGGAUGGGAGGUUGCAGUCA